CACUGCCAUAUGAAAACAACACGCCUGUGGUAGGCGACAGUUAUUCUGAAAUGUCAAACUUCACUGAGUGUCCAAUAUUUCCUGAUAACCCAAGUCGCUGCACCAACCUGAUUGCUGUGAGAAGAACAUCUGCAGCAAUAUCACUGAUAGGAUGUAUAUUCAGCAUAUUUGUCAUCUGGUUGUACAAAAGAUACAUCGCCUUUUCUCAACGCCUGAUUAUGUACAUGGGCAUUGCUGGAUUGGGAAUGAGUAUCGCCUUUCUCAUGGGGAGCCUCCACCCAGAUGGUGUACUGUGUGACUUCCAGGCCUACUUGAUGACCGUGUUUGAGUGGGGUGUGCUCCUGUGGAUCUCAUGCGUUACCUUCAAUCUGACCAUCAACGUGCUGUGGAAGAAAACUACUGAAAAAUAUGAAUGGCUCUACCAUGUGGUGUGUUGGGGACUGGCCCUUUCCAUAGCCUGCGUGCCUUUCAUAGGCAACCACUAUGGACCCGCAGGAGCCUGGUGCUGGGUAGUGGAAGACUGGCGAUGGAGAUUGGGCAUAUGGUAUGGUCCACAGAUUGUCGCCCUGUUCAUCCUGAUGAUUGUGUACAUCUACAUAUCUUGUGUACUAAGCAGGAAGGUGUCCACGUGGGAAGGCACAUAUGACCCUAACACAGAACGAACAAAGCAACUAUUAAAGGAGGACAUUCGGCCACUGAGGCUGUACCCAUUUGUGUACCUGGCAAUCUCCAUAUUUCCCAUUAUAAACAGGAUACAGAAUGCAGUGGAUGUCCACAAUCCAGUGUACGCCCUGAUGAUACUACAGGCUAUAUUCUCACCAUCGCAAGGGUUUCUAAAUGCCAUUGUGUUUGCGAUGGAUCGUGAAACAUUCCGUAAACUGCACCCCGUCUAUCUCAAGGUUGCCCUGUUAAAUCGCUUCAGUAAGAAGGCAAUCAUACAAGAGUAUCCAGAGUCGCGGGAUGAGAUUGAAGAGGAAGUAGCAGUAGUAGUAGGAGGAGGAGGGGGAGGGGCAGGAGGAGGGGCAGGAGGAGGGGGAGGAUAUGGAGGGGGAGGAGAAGGCGUAUAG